AUGCCGUAUCAUGACCUCAACCUCCUCCACUCCCCCGACAGCCGUACCCUCAACCACGCCCUGUCCUUCGCGACCGAACUAGGCUACACGACCAUCGCAAUCGCCACCAUCAUCAACGGCAAGCUACCCUCUACGCCCCCGGUCCUGGACAUCAAGCCACUCCAAGAUGCGCACCCAAGCCUCACGCUCCUCACGCGUCUGACCCUCCCCAUCAGCGACCCCUCUCAAAACCACCGCCUCUCCCAAUUUUCCUCCGCCUUCUCCCUCCUGGCCCUCCGACCUCUGAACGAAAAGUCCCUCCAGCUCGCCUGUACCUCCCUGGAUUGCGACCUCAUCACGCUCGACCUCUCCGCGCGCCUCCCUUUCAUCCUCAAGUUCAAGACCGUUUCAGCCGCCCUGCAGCGCGGCGUACGCUUCGAAAUCUGCUACGCCCCGGGCGUCACGGGCUCGAGCGAUGCGAAGCGCAAUCUCAUCGCCGGCGCCACCAGCCUGAUACGGGCGACGAGAGGCCGCGGAAUCGUGCUGAGCUCCGAGGCGCGCAACGCGCUGGGCUUGCGCGGGCCGCACGAUGUGAUGAACAUCUGUCAGGUUUGGGGUCUGGAGCAGGCGAGGGGCAAAGAGGCCGUGGUCGAGGAGGUCGGCAAGGUGGUCAGGCUGGCGGCGCUGCGGCGGCAGAGCUACCGUGGGGUCAUCACCGUUGUCGACGGCGGCGGCGGCAAGCUGACCCCGAACGAGGCUGCGAAGGCCGGCAAGCAGGCCGUUCGGGUCGACAACGGGCGCGCCGUAGAGGGGUCCGGGAAUGGCGUCAAGCGGAAGGCCUCGUCGCUGACCCAAACUACCAGCUUGGCGGCCACUCCGGCGACCACGGAGUCAUCAGGCCCAAGCUCGGCACGUGACACGGCGAGUGAAGAGAUUGGGACUGAGAAGCCGCCCUCGAAGCGCGAACUGAAGCGCAGGGCGAAGAAGGCGAGAUUGGAAGGGGGCAUGUCUCAGUCUCAGUCUCCGUCACAGGCGCAGGCACAGGCGCAGGCACAGGCACAACAGCCGAAAAUGGAUGGCAAGUUCCCCGUCAGGCAUGAAACGUUGCCCGUGGCAAAUGCGGGCGCGAGCUCGAGGAAGAAGUAA